GUGCUGGCGGUGGCGGCAUGGCGGCCCGCGCGGGCCCGGCCUCACGCCGCGGCCGGCCCACCUCAUCCCCGGCCCGCAAGCGGCUGAACCCGCUGAGGACGGUGGUGGCGUGGAGGGGCCGGGCGGAGUGGGACCAGGUGAUGGUGGGGCUCUACUGCGGGGACAGCCGGCUGCAGCAGGACGCGCUGGACCGCGUCUCGGCGUGGAAGAGCCGGUAUGGUCCAAAAAUGCCUCUUGCAGUGGACUGCACGGCAGAACUGAUUUGCUGUAAGGUCCUCGAUUCAUCUGGCAGAUUGAAAUCACAUGAGCUCAUCCUUUCUUAUGGGCUUGCACUUGUAAGAUUUGUCAACUUGAUCACAGAAAGGAAACAGAAGAUGGUCAGCAUUUCUCUGAGACAAUUAGCCAGAGAGGUGGACAUCCCUGUGUGGAUUGUGGACCUCCGUCACGAGCUGACGCACGGGAAGCUGCCACGGCUGGCCCUGUGCCGCAAGGGUUGUGAUGUUGUGCUGGACUGGCUACGAAAGAUGUAUUGGAACCGUCAGCUGGGCAAUAACUUGUGUGAAGAAAACGAGUAUGAGGAUGAGGAAGAAGAACAGGAAGAAGUGGAAGCAAAUGAAGUGUUGGACAAUGAUGCAUGGGAGAUUCGAACCCCACAGCAUGAGGCCCAUGAGAAGCACAAGGAAUUCCAUGAAAAAGUCAGAGAUGUUCUGAUAUCUUACAAGAAUGAGCAGUUCCGGGUUAUGCAGACUAUGCCAUCUGUUUCAAAGUCUCAAGAAUUGUGGCUUGAGUCCUCUUCAGAAAUGGACUGGAUUUUGGCUCAGAUCAAAGACCUGACACAGGAAAACAGGGACACAGUGGCUGAAGCUCUUCUCAGUGAUGGUUUUCUCAUCCCAAGCAUGGAUUGUCUGAAGAUGCUAAAUAUCAAGUAUGAAGAAAAUAAAGACGAAUGGCAAUUCAAAAUUCCCUCGAUAUUUUACUGCUUUUGGCAUCCUUUGCUGUCAGGCCUCCUUUCACGAAGUUUUACACAGGUCCUAAUAGAGAAAAUGUUUAUAGAGCUGAAGGAAUGUUCUGACUCUUCAGAACUCCGGCCUCAGUUCUUGAUCAACUGGAUUUCUGAGUUGCUGGCUGGCAUUGCCAAAGUAAAUAAUGGGAAGAAAAAACAACAAUGUAACAAGCAGGUGUCUGCGAGGGACCUGUUCAUCCGUAAAGUUACUUUGCAGUGGAUAAAACUGACUGACAUUUGCUUGCAAGCUCCCUGUUGGGCAACUCCACAUCUUCUUCAGAUGAUCUUUGCAGUCAUGAGACCUCGCUUGUCACGUUCUUCUCGGAAGAAGCUUCUCUAUCUUGUUUCCAUUUACAUAGAAGGAGGAGACCCUUUGUCCAGUCCAGGACUCUCUUCAGACGGCAGUGAACAGCAAAUUUAUACUCUAGAGAACUUACAGUGGAGAGCCAGGCAAGAAAAUCAGGUUAAAAAUCAAGGACAGACUGUAGAGGAACAAGAAGAUGUGCCAGAGGGAGACAAUGGUGCAGAGGAAAUGGAAGAAGAGGAAGAGGAGAUGGUGACUGAAACAAAUCCUUUGGAAGGACUUGAUCAUUCUCGUACCAUGGUGGCCAUUGCUGAGAAAAGGGCAGCACUGCAGGGGUCCCCUUGGCAGAUCACUGCAGAUGAAGUACGAUGGAAAGACUUUCCUCUUGGGAAACUCCCAGGUCAGACAGAUGAUCCUGAUGGUCUCAUGUUGGAUAAUUAUUCUAUGAUGUCCCUGCUUGAUCAGCCAGUGAGGGAUGAGUGGAAGUCUCUCAAUACAAACUCUGCAGAAUUGAAUAUUCCCAUGCCAGGAGGAUUAUUAUGGACCCAGAAUGACUUCCAUAAAAUAAAAAGUGGCCUUCAACUUUUCUGAGACAGCAGCAGAGUGCUCUGUGACUUUUCGUAUUGCACAAGUGGCAUGGAAGAUCUAGUAAUGGUGGUGGGAGAACAGUCACUCCAGGACAAGUUGUUGUUGCUGCAAUUUAUUGAUUUUUACCGUGUAAAAUCAAUGUUUUAUAAAGGUGUUGUGUUUUAAGUUGCAUGUACAGUAACCAUUGUCUUACUUAACCAUUUGAAGUUUGCCGAAUACAGUUAAGAGUACUUUGGAAUCCCUCCAUGUUCCUUAACUUUUUCAUAAAUAAAUACAACUGACAGAAGGCAAA